GGGCUGGGACUCGGUAGCUGCCCGGAUGUGGCGCCCAGUCCGCGAGCCUGCCCAGCCCAGCGAGUGUCGCCCGGGAGGGUUCGCCAGCUCUGGUCAAUCGGCGUGGGAAGACAACCACCUUAUCCGAAAAAUCCACAUGUGCACAUACAUGUGAUACUGCAUACAACUUCAGAGGUGGCUUCUAGGAUCUGCUGAAGCCUGUCUAACCAUCCAUGGGCUCCAUGGACUCCACAGGAAGAAUGCAGACGAUCAAAUGUGUGGUUGUGGGAGAUGGGGCUGUAGGUAAGACCUGCCUCCUCAUCAGUUAUACAACAAAUGCCUUUCCUGAAGAGUACAUCCCCACUGUCUUUGACAACUAUAGCGCCCAGACAUCUGUGGAUGGCCAAAUUGUCAGCCUGAACCUUUGGGACACAGCUGGCCAAGAGGAGUAUGACCGACUGCGAACACUGUCCUACCCCCAGACCAAUAUCUUUGUCAUUUGUUUUUCCAUUGGCAACCCGUCCUCUUAUGCCAAUGUGAGGCAUAAGUGGCACCCAGAGGUCUCUCAUCAUUGCCCCAAUGUACCUGUUCUGCUGGUAGGCACCAAGAGGGACCUGCGGAGUGACCUUGAGACAGUGAAGAAGCUGAAGGAACAGAGCCUAGUGCCCACAACACCUCAGCAAGGCACUUCCCUGGCUAAGCAGGUGGGGGCUGUGAAGUAUCUGGAAUGUUCGGCCCUGAUGCAGGAUGGGGUACAUGAGGUAUUUUCAGAAGCUGUCCGGGCUGUGCUUUACCCAGCCACAAAGAAGACCACCAAGAAGUGUGUCCUCUUAUAGCUUUUGGGGCAUUGUUUGGGAACUGCAUCUAAGGGGAAUAGGGAAAGAUCCCUUUGGCAGCAUUUAACAAUGCCAGCAUGAGCCAUCUGUCUCUUCUCCUGAAAACCCGAGACUCCAGGUUUUUUGGCUUUUAGAGGAAUGAAGACAGGCUAGUUUGUUCAUGGCUGCUUUGAAGUUUGGUCUGAACCUUUUGGAGGAACUUUGAGAAAGAGAGAGAGAGAGAGGUAUCUCCCGUCAGAGCAGUAAGAAGAUACCACCAAGGGCUGUUCUUUUCUGUCCUGGCCAGGCCACAACUAAGCAGAGCAGCCUGGUAUUACUGUUCUUUGUAGGCUUUUUGCUUGUCUGCUUUUAAAUCUGACAAGCCAACUUUCCUGGCUCUAUUUACUAUUGAGUAAGUGCCUCACAGAAGGACAAGUUCCUCCAGUUUUCAAAGCAUUGCCUUGAACCUUCUGACAUACUAAUUUUUGAAAACCAUUAUAUUUGUGAUUCCUGGGUGUUCCCAAUGUUGACAUGCUCUUCCCAUUCUGAGAUGAGACAUUUUUGCAAAACUUGUUAAGCAGCAUUUUCUAAAGUUGUGUGAGAUGGUAACAGAUGUUCCUUAAAAGGGUCAAGUAAGUCAGCAAUUUAAAUAAAGCUGAACAGGUUCCUCUACCAUAGGUAUUUAUAACUUUUAUAUGCAACAUUUCCCAAACUUAUUUCACAGCUUUUUUUUCGGGACCCCAUGCAACACCUAUUAACAUCUCUGGGAACAGCUUAAGAGAUGCUGGGUUAAUUGGGACUAGGAAUUCCCACGGAGGUGGCUGUGGGGGAAUAAAAAGUACAAUGGGGUCUUGUUCUUUUUGAUGUUUUCCUCUUCAUGUCUUUGAAAGAUUUAUCAGCCAUGGACUUUUAUUGGUUCCACUCCUUUCCUCAGGAGAGGGGUUGGGCGCUUAGUCAUGCUAGUGCAUUGGAUGUGGGAUCUGAUGGUCAGGUCAGCUCUCAGAUUCUGACAGCACUGCAGGCCUGCUGAUGUAGAAUUAAUCCUUCCCAAAGGCUGUAUCUCUGAGGCUUCUGUGCGGACCUGUUUUUGGUCACCUACCACACAAAAUGUCCCAUGUCCUCUAGGACUUCUCUACUGCUGUCAUUCCUCUGAGUCGCUCUCUUCCGUGUGUGUGUGUGUGUGUGCGUGCGCGCGCGCUUUCUGAUGAGAUCUUUGCUUCAAGACUGUUGAAGUGUGUUGGAUCUCCUGACCCAGGGAUUGUGCUGGAGUCGCUCAGCCUGCCUGGGGCAGUGGACUCAGAUUCCAUAUCGCAGUGGGCCGGUUGCUGCUUCUCCCUAGUUAUGUAUUUCACUUUCAUUCACUAUGAUUUAAUUCUCCACCUGGCCAACAGUGGUUGACAGUUCUAUCAUUCACAUACCUUCUCACCCUGCCAAAAUAGCAUUGGAUUUUUGAGAGUUUAGGAAAUCACAUACCUUCUCCUGUGGUAGUGAAGUGUCUGUUUCUUGCUCUGCGAUAUGUUUGCUGUUGCUCUUCAACAAGAUAUGAUGUGUAGCCUCAGGCUUAAUUGAACCCCCUGGAUAGGGUUGCCAGAUAAAAUACAAUUUUUUACAAAUAAUUUUUUAGUAUAAGUAUGUACCUCGCAGCAUUUGAGGCAUUACUUACACUAAAAAAUUAUUUGUUUUUUAUCUUAAUUCAAAUUUAGUGGGGCAUCCUGUAUUUUUAUUUGCUAAGUCUGGCAACCCUACUCUUGGAGUAUCUGGAACCUGGAGGUCAAGCAGAUACCAAAUAUUGAUAGGAGACAAAGGUUAUGUUACACUCUCUUUUCUUCCUCCUUUUCUUUCAACAUGGACUCAAGUGUUUUGUUUUGUCUUCUCUUCACCACUGCACUCACACAGUACUUCUUGGCAUAUAUUUCUCCACCAUUGGUUGUCUACAGCUGUGGAGGAUCCAGGAUGGAUAGUAUUGUUCAGCAUAUGCCUUCUCUCUCAAUUCCAACGUAGUGUGUCUAUUUCCUGGUGUGUGACCCAGUGCUUCCUGUGGAGGGUGGUAGGGACUGUUGUAUGAACAGGGUGUUAACGGAAGAAGGUGAGGGUGGCCCUCCUUAACUGAGGCCUGGUAGCACUUUGGAAAGUGAGGCUGCUAUUAUAGUAGCAGGGGGACUAUAGGAGUCAGUCAGCCUGUGGGCAUGUGUGCCCACUGUCCCGGGUAGUCACUGAUAUUCCUCAGGCAGCGAAAUGUAAGUGCCCAUUGCUCAAGUAUUCCAGGAUGUUCUGAUGGUUGCUGCCUGGGGUGCUCACAGGACAUCGUGUCAUGGUUGAAAGGGCUAGAAACAUGGCUGUACCCUGUCAUUGGGAACUUUCUGUUUAGCUCCUGAAAUCUUUUUAUUUGGCUUUUAAUUGAAUAGUGCUUCCUGCUGCCAUUUUGCCUGGCAAAUUCCCAAAUGUAAGUCUGGGUUUGGUUUGGACAAACUCAUGUUCUUUAAUAAGUGGAGGUAUGAUCCAUAAGCCUAAGAGAGUGGUUUUGUAUUGGGCUGAUUUGAUGGUUCUAAGCAUACAAUGGCAUCUACAUUUUUAUACUUAAAAGGGAUUUGUAUGAAGACUAACAUGCUAAUAUCACUUUAGUUAUUCAUACUGAAUGGUAAUAAUAAACUUUUCUGAUUUUACUGGGUCUGUUUUCUAAAAAAUCAAAGCAGUUCCACACCCCUCCCCUACUUUGUUUUGAGUGACUUCUAAAUAAAUGCUUUUCAAAUUGCAAAGGGUGAAAUAACUAUAACUGUCAUGUUGCACAUUGCACCUAUGUAUAACUGUGCUUAUGUUUCUAUAUCGAUUAGGGUAGGGGACUGUCUGCCCUGCUAACAUUGAUUCUCUGGUUCCUGGCCCCCCAUUACACACCUCUACACAAUUCCUCUAGAGGACUGAGCUGGUUUUCACUAACCACAGGCCAGUCAGUUCUCUGUAGGUUAUUUUUCUCACUUAUGACACAUUCAGUAAACAAUUACCAAGCUCCUACUGUUAUAUAAGCAUUACUGUACUAGGGGCUGGGUUGUAAAGAUAAGAUGGAGUAUUUAAUCUCCCUUGUUUCUGCCAGUUAUCUGAGGAAAAUAGGCUUCCUUUUACAAAAAUGAACUAAUCUGGCUCUUAAACAUAUGCUGUAUAGUGCCACUGCUCUAUCGAGUACACUACUGGUAGGAAAGAGCAAAACCAUGUUGGUUUUUUUCUUAAAGCUUUGCUGAAAUACAAUUUACUAACCAUAAAAUUUGCCCAUUUCAAGUGUACAUACAAUUCAGUGAUUUUUAGUAAAUUUAGUGAGUUGUACAACCAUCACCAAAAUCCAGCUUGAGAACAUUUUCAUCACCCCAAAGAGAUCCCUCCAGCAGUUAAUCUCUGUUCCCACGCCAGCCCUAGGCAACUACGGAUCUACUUUGUCUUUUCUGACCAUUUCAGAUAAACAGACUCAAACAGUAUGUGGUCAUUUGGAACUCGCUUCCUUCAUUUAGCAUAAUGUUUUCAAGGCUCAUCCACUUGGUAGCUUGUAUGGGUACUUCACUUUUUUUAAAAUUAAGGUAUGAUUGAUAUACAUGGUACUUCACUUUUUAUUGCUGAGUAAUAUUCCAUUACAUGGACAUAUUGUAUUUCACCUAUUCAUAGUUGAGACAUUUGGAUUGUUUGUGCUUUUUUGGCUAUUAUGAAUGAUGCUGCUGUGAACCUUCAUGUACAAGGUUUUGUGUAAACAUAUUUUCAAUUGCUGGGUCAUGUGGUUAAUUUAUGCAAAACCAUGUUUUGAGUCAAGAAUGACAUCUUUAAGUACCUGAAGUCCCAUCCACAUUCUACAAGCCUCCAUCUACCUCUCACUGAAUGCUUUUACUCAAGCACAAGCAUCUAAGAGGCUGUAUAAGGUAUGUUAAAAAGGAUUCCAUUUUGCUUUUUUGUCUUAGAAUAGCAGUAGUAUUCUACUAACUUUUCAUUACCAAAGUGCAGCACUCCAGCUACUAUGCAGGUUUUGGUAGACCUUGGUCAUCUGGUCUAGAAAUGUCCUGUUAAAAUAUCCCAUGGGACAUCCAUGCAGUCAUAAAAAAGAAUGAGGAAGAGUGCUAUGAGUGGUGCAGUGUCAUUUUCAGGCUAUAUUGUUAAGUGAUAAGAAGUAAGGUGAAAAGAGUAAAUAUUGUAUGCUACCUUUUAUGUAACAAAGAAAGAGAAUUGAGUAUAUACGCAUUUGCUUCUUUUUGCCCAAAAAACACAGGAAGUACAAGUACCAAAUUAUGUUGUACCACUGAAACUAAUGUAAUGUCAUAUGUCAGUUACAUCUAAAUUAAAACAGGAAGGAUAAACCAGGAA